CUAAACUUCCAUUUGGGCGACGAUUUUGAGGAACAUCCACUCUACAGAGAAAACUAGCUCCAGCCAUGGUAAAGGAAACCGGAUCGUACCGGCCGGUUGAACCGGUAAAACCGGAUACCGGAGCGCGGGCGAUACGGUACCGUGUUUGGGUGCAAAAUAUUGCGCCGGCCGGUUUAAACGGUUUAAGACGAAAUAUCGCCCGGUUUUGGUCUAACCCGGGGCAGGGUAAUGGAAAAGAAAACGUCGUCGUAUAAGCAGUUUAGCAAAAAAAAAAAAAAAAAAAACGAAGUCGAAUUUGCAAUUCGCCUCUUCUCUUCUUCAGUUCAAUCCGGCGCUCCUCCUCUUCCCCAUUUCUCCUCUGGCGACCGGCGACCAGGAAUCGCCGAGCCCGUGACCAGCGACCGGCGGCAAGGUGACCCGCCGCGGUCCCUCCUUUGCUCCGCUCCACCGACCGACCUGAUCUGCUCCGCUCCUCCUCUCCGGCCUCCGGUGCUCCUCUACGCCGCUACUCUCCGCCGCUCUGUUGCUCCUCUCCGCUCCUCUACUGCUGACUGCUCAAGAAGACAAGAACACGCGACAUACAGAGGGCAGGCGAGUGAUCAAUAAAACCAUAAACAAAAUACAUAGAUGAUAGAAAGCAAGUAGUUGGAGUAAAGACAGAAAUAUCCCAUCUCUCAGUCGUUCUAUCGCCUUAAGCACCGGAACCUUGAAACGCCGGUUUGCAUGUUGUUGUAUCUCCUUCUUCCAAGGAACAUAGCAUUAUCGUCGAGCUAAGCUUAUGAACACGUUGAUCUGUGAUGCGGUUUUUGAGAGAAAAAGGACUCAAUUAUCGGUUGCACUGCAAAGUGAGAAAUCUCAAAUCUGAGUGAAAUUGCAUGCAAGGAGGAAAACAGAGAGUCUAAGCUUUGGGAUUCUUUCUUUCUUUUGAUGGCAUUUUGGGGAAGACAGAGAACAGAGAAGAAGUUGAUUAAUAUAAAAGUGUGGUCACCGUUUGCCUGUUGGGAAUGAGAAGGAGAUAAGAAUAUAUUAGAUAGAAAAGAAGAAAAAAAAUAAAGAAAGAAAAGGAAAAGGGUACAAAAGGUUUUCAAUAUUAACUAAAGUUAUGUUAUCAUAAAAUUCUAUUUUAAUUCCUUCUUCAUUUGUUUAAUUCUCAGUUGUAUUUUAAUAUUUUAUUUAAUACUAUCUAUUAAUAAAGUUUAAAUAGCAACUAAAAAUUAAUAUAAUAAUGACGCUUUCUUCACGUUCUCAAUAUUGAAUUCUUCUAAAAUUAACGCUCUCGCUCUACGAAUUGGUUACCUAACUUAGGAUUAUGUUUCUCUUUUUUUGGUUGGUAAAUUAUAAAAUAAAAUGAAUUGGUUGGUACUUGGUAGAAGUAGAUAUGUGUGAUGAUAAUCCAAGUUUCUACAUAUUAUGUGUGAUGAUAAAUUAAACGAAUUGGUUGGUAGAAGUAGAUAUGCGAAUGUAUAGUUAUCCGGUAUAUUCCGGUAUUAUUCUGAAACGGUAUCCCGAAUCUGCCGGUACGGUUUUUUAACAAAAAAAUAUUAUUUAAUUACAAAAACGGUAUUUUGCCGGUACACAACAAUUGAACCACGGUAAUACCACAAAAUACCUAUCACUGGCGGAGCCGGUAUGACUUCCUGUACGGUUUCCUUUACCAUGGCUCCAGCUAUCUUCGUAAAGUCCACAUAAGUCUCAACUUCAAUAAGCAAAAUUACAUCUCUUCCCAGUCAAACCAUCUUUUGCAAUUUCAGAUACCAAAGCUCAGAAGAUCGCUUUCAAGAUAUCGUUGUUUUUUUUUUAAUGGUAUUUUUCAAGAUAUCGUUAAGAAAUAAGAACCAAGCCAGCCAUCAACAUUUCUAGUUUUCCUCCAACUUUAUGUCCCCUCCCGACAGAUCAUGGAAUUGUGCAUACACAACCCAGUCUUCGUCAGCGGCGGAUCCAAAACUCAGAAGAGUACUGGGCCGCAUUUCAUUAAAAAUUUAAAACCGUAAACAAAUAUAAUGAUUUUUUUUUUGCAAUAUAAAUUGUACAUUAUCGUAUUUUAAUUUAGCUAAUGCAACAAUAAUGGAGUCCACAUCCAUACCGAUAAAUAUAAACUGUUUCAAAUAAAAUACUUGAGCAAUCGGUGAGAAAUUCACGCUCAUUUUAUUGCGCAAAUAAGUUUUUACACAUGUUUCAUUUUUGAAAAAGUUUCCCUGGUAGUAGUUGUUGAAACGAGCAACGUCAACACUAGACAAAUCAAUCGUGCAUUGUGUGUCCAUCCCUAGAUUCACCAACUACUCUAGUAAAUUUUCAAGGGAAAAACCUCAUAUUUCUUCUAUUCUUUUACCGUUUUAGACUUUUAGAUUUCAUUAUUUUUUUAGAUGAACAAUCUUUGGGGCUAGAAUUUCUAGUCUAAAUAGAAUAAUGAUUGAAAAAUGUU